AUGGCCUGGCGCGUGCUCUCGUUGGAUGGGGGUGGAAUUCUCGGCUACAGUGAACUUCUGAUCUUAGCCAAUAUUAUGAAGGAAGUUCAACAGCUUCAUGGGGAAGAAUCAAGUUCUGGCGAUAUACGCCCGUGUGAAUAUUUCGAUAUCAUCACCGGCUGUGGUAUUGGCGGUGUCAUUGCGUUACUUCUUGGUCGCCUUCGUCUAACACUAGCACAAUGUCUACUUGAAUAUCGCACUCUCUCCACUUGUAUCUUGCGUGAAAGCUGGGGCGGUCCUCUUUUCGAUAAGAACAAGCUACAAGAAGUGGCCGACAGUAUCGUUGAGAAACACUGCGAGACUCCGUCUGCUCCACUGCUUGAAGACGAUAUCACAGGCCGAGGAAAGGCAUUCGUGUUCGCUGUCCAAUCGGACCGCAAACCAUAUUGUUUUCGGACAUAUCCCUGCCGUAACGAUCACAAUACCGUCCCUAUCCGUAUUUCCGACGCAAUAGUUGCUCUUCUGUCGGCGAAGGGUCAGCUUGAUGAAGUUUCGCUUGAAACAUCUGAGGGUCUCACUUCCUUCGCCGAUGAUCUAUAUCCUUGUGGCUUCCGCAAUCCAAUUCUGGAUGUUCUCAAGGAGAUAAGGGAACAAUGGCGGGAUCAGACGAUCGAACUGAUCCUGAGUAUAGGAACUGGAAUGGUGCCGCCCAGCGAUAUACCUGAUCUCCUCAGGCUUGGGAAGCUGCACGACAUCAUGAUUCCCUCGCUGAGUGAUUUAUUCCUACCUUGGAAACUGCUCGGCCAGUUGAGGCAUCUUGCGUCCAUUGGUACAACCGAUCGGUCACCCGAUGAGGUUAUCAACAAGAUUGAAGACGACGAACGAUAUAUCAAGAAUAAGCUUUACUACAUGGGAUAUGAGGAAAGGUACAACCGGUUCGAGAUAGGUCCGGUGAAGGACACGGGGCCGAACGACUUUCGAAGUGUGAAGGAAAUCGCAGAUGAAACAGGUCGCUAUUUGAGCCAGCACUCGGAGAGAUUGGUCUCAGUGGCAACUCAACUAUAG